AUGGUUGAACAAGUUAUUGUUGUAGGUGCUGGUCUGGUUGGAUGUCUGGCAUCAUUAGCGUUCCAUAAGAGAGGCUAUCAAGUGUCAGUAUAUGACUAUAGACUCGAUCCCAGAGAUGUGUCUACACAGGAUAAAAAUUUGAGAUCAAUUAAUUUAGCCAUUUCUGCGAGGGGUAUUGAAUCCUUAAAGUCUGUUGAUGAACAAAUUGCCCAGAGGGUGCUCCGAGAUGUGAUCCCGAUGAAAGGUAGAAUGAUUCACGACUUGCAAGGCGAACAAGAAUCACAAAUCUAUGGAUUGUUCGGAGAGUGCAUAAAUUCUAUCGAUCGUGCAGUUCUUAACAAUUUUUUGCUAGAUGAAUUGGAUCGUUGUAAUAUUGAUGUUAAAUUUGGUUAUAAAUUGGUAAAGGCUAAGUUUGGCGACCAAAGACAGACUUGUAUAUUCUCUCAAAUGGGUCAAGAUGGUGUUAUUGAAACUAUAGAAUGUGAUUUCAUUGUUGGCUGCGAUGGUGCAUUUUCCUCUACGAGGUAUCAAAUGCAAAGGGCAAUGAGAAUGGAUUAUUCGCAAGAAUAUAUCGAUUGUUGUUAUAUCGAACUGUACAUCCCCAAGACAGAAAAAUUCAACGAAAAGUUUAAUGGAAAUUUUGCCAUUGCACCUGAUCAUUUACAUAUCUGGCCUCGUCAUAAUUACAUGCUUAUCGCAUUGGCAAACGGUGAUGGCUCAUUCACUUCCACUUUCUUUGGUCCUUGGUCGCUAGUAGAAUCAUUGAUAGAAAGCAAAGAAAAAACACGUAAGUUCCUAUUGGAGAAUUUUCCUGAUGCCAUGCAAUUAAUGGGAAUUGAUGAAGCUGUUCAUAAAUUCAUUAAUUACCCUAAGGGAGCCCUCAUGUGUGUGGAAUGUAAUCCAUACCACGUUAAUGGUGGGAAAGCCAUUAUUCUUGGUGAUGCUGCUCAUUCGAUGGUUCCAUUCUACGGGCAAGGAAUGAAUUGUGGGUUUGAAGAUGUUAAAGUGUUAAUGGAAUUGUUGGAUCAAUCCAAGGGCGACCGUAACAUAGCAUUCCAACGUUACAGUGAGACCAGACAUAAGGAUUUGGUUGCUAUCAUCGAACUAGCCAAGAAUAACUACAAGGAGAUGUCUCAUGACGUAACAUCCACUUUAUUUCUCAUUAAGAAACAACUAGAUGGUGCUCUUGGGCGUCUGCUAAAGAACAAAUGGUUGCCAUUGUACACUAUGGUUUCGUUCAGAGCCGAUGUUCCAUACCACAGAGCAGUGGAAAUUUCUAACCGCCAGAAAGUGAUUUUAAACCAAUUACUGGGUGUGAUGCUUACUACAGGGACUAUAUUAACCGCCCUAGGACUCUCAAGACUCGGUAAUUGGAUUAAAAGGUGGUUUCAAUAA